UGCUGCUGCGGGAUCCGAUGGCAGCAACAUUUGGGAAAGAUGCUCCUCAAACUUCCGGGCCUGGAUAAACUGUCGGGACGCGCUGGCCUCAGCUCGGUCCGGGUGUGUGCCGCUGCGGAAGCCCGCAGUGCCAACUGAAAGGAUGCAGUCCCUGCCUGUGGAGGUGGGCAGCAGCAGCAGCAGCAGCAGCAGCAGCAGCAGCAGCAGCGCCGCCGCCGCCGCCGCCUCCUCGGUGGUCCAGGUGUGUUUUCCCAGCGCUCAGACGUCGGUGCUGGACGGCCUGAACCGGCAGCGAGAGAACGGCAGGUUCUGCGACCUCUCCAUCCACGUGCAGGACCGCGUGUUCAAAGCCCACCGCUGCGUGCUGGCAGCAUCCUCGCCAUACUUCCAUGACCAGGUUCUGCUGAAGAACAUGUCCUCCGUCUCCAUCCCGGCCGUCAUGGACCCGCUGGCCUUCGAGAGCGUGCUGAGCUGCGCCUACACCGGCCAGCUGCGCAUGCUGCGCGAGGACAUCGUCAACUACCUGACGGUGGGCAGCGUCCUGCAGAUGUGGCACAUCGUGGACAAGUGCACCGAGCUGCUGAAGGAGGGCCGAGCCGCGGCGGCGGCGGCGGGAGGCGGGGGCGGCGCGCAGGAGGCCUCGGGCGGCGGCGGGGCCAGCGGCUCCGCCAACCCCGGCUGCAGCAGCAGCAACGGGGACGGCGGCGCUGGGACGGGCGCCGAGGUCAACGGAGGUCAAGCCCACGCCGCCGAGUCCGGGGAGGCGCCGCGAGCCUCGCAGCCGCCCAGCCGGCCCUCCGUCAGCGAGAGCCAGUCCCCCAGCAGCACCAACUACUUCAGCCCCAGAGACGGAGGCGGCUUCGGGCCCGGGCCCGCCGCCGCCGCCGGGCCAGCCUGCAACACCCCCAGCUACUGCACCCCGUCAGGGGGGGAGGAGGAGGACGAGGAGGUGGAGGACGAAGAGGAGGAGGAGGAGGAGGAGGUGGUGCUGUACCAGCACAGGAAGAGAGGGCGAGAGGGAGGCAGCUGGAGGAGGAAGAAGACCAGCUCGCUGUCGGAGCAGGAGGUCGGCGUCAGCGACAGCUUCGGCGUGUCUUCGUACCAGGACGGCGAGGACUCGGCGCUGCCGCUGCAGAAGCGCCCCACCUACAGCCAGCCCAGCAUCAUGCCGCGCAAGCAGUGGGUGGUGGUGAAGACGGAGCGCAGCGAGGACGACGACCUCAUCGUGGUGUCCGGCGAGGAGGGCGGCGAGGACGAGGAGGAGGAGGAGGAGGACAGGGAGCUGGAGCUGGCCCAGGACAGGGAGCGGGAGAGGAACAACCUGAACAUCUCCAACGUGAGGAGCCUGUCGGCGGAGCUGGGCGGCCGGCCGGACGCCGAGCUGGACUCCCAGGUGGACUACUGCCAGUCCUCGGAGGACUACCUGAAGUUCGAAGGCAGCCUGAUGGAGCAGACGCUGAGCCAGCACCUUCAGGACGGCGCCGCGGCUCCGGGCCAGGGCGCCAGCCGGGCCGUGUCGGCCCUGCUGGGCCAGGUCCCGUCCCGCGCCCAGCUCUUCCCCCUGGACAUGCAGGGGAACCAGAUCCUGCUGUACAGCCAGGCGUCCGGCCUCGGCCUGGACGCCGCCGCCGCCGCCCCGCCGCUCGGCAUGAUGGGCGGAGCCUCCUUCAAAGGGCCCAGCCUGGAGCACGGCACCGUGCACCUGUCGGUGCAGGGCGCCCUGGGCGUGGACGGGGCAGAUAACGGCGGGCUGGGAGGCGGAGGCGGUGGAGGCGGGGGCUGCUGUGGCAGCGGCGGCGGCGGCGCCGGUUCAGGUAAAGUCUUCAUGUGCCACUGCGGGAAGACCUUCACCCACAAGAGCAUGAGGGACCGCCACAUCAACAUGCACCUGGACCUGCGGCCGUUCCACUGCCCCGUCUGCGCCAAGAAGUUCAAGAUGAAGCACCACCUGACGGAGCACAUGAAGACGCACACCGGCCUCAAGCCCUACGACUGCCUCAGCUGCGGCAAGAAGUUCAUGUGGCGCGACAGCUUCAUGAGGCACCGCUCGCACUGCGAGAGGCGCGGCGCCCUGGCCGAGGGCGGCGGCGAGGACGGGGGCCGGAGGGGCGGGGGCGGGGGCGGGGCUUCGCCCCACCUCCUCCUGUCUGCUGCUCCCGAGGCGGGGCAGGGCGGCCGACCACACCUCUCCCCCGCCGCCGCCGCCGCCGCGGGGGGGCUGCUGGGCGGCGUCUGCCAGAGCCCGGGUCAGGGCGCGGCCAUGUUCGGGGGGCUGGGCCUGGGCCGGGGGGGCUGCGACGAAGCCCUCUGCAGUGACGUCGGCGCCAACGAGAGCAGCGUGACUUAA